AUGCUACCAUACGCUUCAUAUAGGUCAGAAACUUGGCCGAUGAGGGCUGAGAAUGUCAAAGAAAUUUCAGUGCUUGACCAUCGAUAUCUUCGGAGUAUUGCACGAGUCUGGUGGGAGGGAAACUCAUCCGGGAUUGAAGCCCUAUGUGAAGCGCUGCUGCGAAACUGGGUGGACCCCAACCCUAACCUCAUGCUUACGGAUGAGUUGAUCGAGGUAGUAGACAAAUUUGUCCAACUGAGCAGCUGUGUUAGUGCCGGUGGUCUCGCGAAAGAUGGCAUUGGAAAGGUCAGAGUAGCUUUCGUGAACCCGCAGUACCGGUGGCAUAGGCGUGACAUCAGCUGA